CUGGAGAUCUCUAUCAGAUGGGGGAGAACUUUCUCAGCCUGACUUGUGAAACUGUCGUGAAAUACACUAACAAAGCUGCCUCAGUUACUUUUCUUGUUGCCACAUCGACACGUCUCAGGGAGGCCUCUUGGGAAAGGGCUUAUCUGAGCUCAGUUUGAGGUUGGAGCCCAUCAUGACAGGAGAGCCGAGGUGACACAGGCACAAGACAGCUGGUCACAUCAUCUCCUCAGUCAAGCAGAGAAAUGAAUACACUGGUGUUUGGCUCACUUUCUCCCCCGCACCCCUUUUUCCACAGCUGACCUGGAGAUUUAGUACUCCAAAGGACUCCUGAUGCGAGCUCUCCAGGCUGUCCCGGGCAGGUUCAUCUCACAGCUGUGGUGUGGACUGAGGCCUGCAUCCUCUCCACAAAGCAAGGUUUGCCUAGCAAUGGCUCGUCCAAGUUCAAACAUGGCCGACUUUCGGAAGUGUUUUGCCAACGCAAAGCACAUAGCUAUCAUCUCUGGGGCUGGUGUCAGCGCCGAGAGCGGGGUGCCAACUUUCCGAGGAGCUGGAGGUUACUGGAGAAAAUGGCAAGCUCAGGACCUGGCCACUCCUCAGGCCUUUGCCCGGAACCCAUCGCGGGUGUGGGAGUUCUACCACUACCGGAGGGAGGUCAUGCGGAGCAAGGAGCCCAACCCUGGGCACUUGGCCAUCGCGGAGUGCGAGGCGCGGCUGCAUGAGCAGGGCCGGCGGGUUGUGGUCAUCACCCAGAACAUCGACGAGCUGCACCGCAAGGCUGGCACCAAGAACCUGCUGGAGAUUCACGGAACCUUGUUUAAAACCCGAUGUACCUCUUGUGGCAUUGUUGCUGAAAAUUAUAAGAGUCCAAUUUGCCCAGCACUAGCAGGAAAAGGUGCUCCUGAGCCUGAAACUCAAGAUGCCGGAAUCCCUGUUGACAAGCUUCCACGGUGUGAAGAGGCAGGCUGUGGAGGCUUGCUGCGACCUCACGUGGUGUGGUUUGGAGAAAACUUGGAUCCUGCUGUCCUGGACGAGGUGGACAGAGAGCUCACCCUCUGUGACUUGUGUCUGGUGGUGGGAACAUCCUCUGUGGUCUACCCAGCUGCCAUGUUUGCCCCUCAGGUAGCGUCCAGAGGAGUGCCAGUGGCCGAAUUUAAUAUGGAAACUACCCCAGCCACCACCAGAUUCAGGUUUCAUUUCCAGGGACCCUGUGGGACAACUCUGCCUGAAGCGCUGGCUCCCCAUGAGGCGGAAAGUGCUUCUUGAGUGUCUUGAGGGAGGAAUAAAGUACAGUAUGUCACAGACCAGGACACAAACAGAAGAAAUGGCCUUGUGGAUGGUGAGCUGAAUCUUGGGAAAUUAAAAAUAGCCUCUGAUUCCCAAGUGGGGCUCCAGCCCGUUAGGUCACUGGGCUUAAGCAGUGGCAAAUGGACUUUAUCUGGAAGCAGCUGGACACUUACAAAGAACUGCUUGUUGUUUGGGUUGAACGGAAACAUAAGCUUUUCAUGUUUGAUGUGUUUGGUCAGUUACUGAGGGGGAAUAAAUUUUAUAAUUAGAUUGUGCAAAAAGAAGGUAAUUAUCCUGAUUGUAUUUUUGCUCUUUGGGAAAAGAUGGAAAUAAGAGAUUAAAACCUUGACAUUUAAA